CCGACAGCAAAGAUGGCGGCUGAGCGGCGUUGAGCCUUCUCCGUAAUGAGUUACCAAAUGUGGUACAUUUGUUGAGUUUUCUGCCGAAUAACGGAACCAAGUCCACGCCGAGAAACUGGUCUCGUGAAAGAGAUGUUGUGAGACUGAAGAACAUCUUUUCACAAGGAGUUACCUACUACAACUAGAUCGUUUCCCCCCGUUGUAGCGCUGGGUGGUUAUCACCGCAGCUAACUAGCCCAUAUCGUCAUUGUAAAAUGGCUCCGGUGCAGAUUGGGUCAGAUGGGCAGCUUGUCCCACUCGGGGGUCCGGUUGUCUCGGGUCCGCAGCCGCCACCACCGGGGGCACCGGCCACACAGGGGGUCCGGCUGAGCCUGCUGAUUGAAUUUCUUCUCCAGAGGACCUACCACGAAAUUACGCUGCUGGCAGAACUACUUCCCAGGAAAACGGACUUGGAGAGGAAAAUUGAGAUCGUCCAGUUUGCCAGCCGUAGCAGGCAGCUGUUUGUGCGUCUGCUAUCCCUGGUGAAGUGGGCCAGCAAUGCGGGGAAAGUUGAGAAGUGUGCGAUGAUCUCCAGCUUCUUGGAUCAGCAGACCAUCCUGUUUGUGGAUACAGCCGAUAGGCUGGCAUCGCUGGCCAGAGAUGCCCUGGUACAUGCUCGCUUGCCCAGCUUCGCCAUCCCCUUUGCCAUUGACGUUCUCACCACAGGGUCAUACCCACGCCUGCCCACAUGUAUACGAGACAAGAUCAUUCCUCCAGACCCCAUCACCAAGGUUGAGAAGCAGACCACCCUGAGCCAGCUCAAUCAGAUUCUACGACACCGCCUCGUCACCACAGAUUUACCGCCCCAGCUAGCAAACCUCACCGUUGCUAAUGGGCGCGUGAAGUUUCGUGUGGAAGGAGAGUUUGAGGCCACCUUGACGGUGAUGGGAGAUGACCCCGACAUUCCCUGGAGGCUGCUGAAGUUGGAGAUUCUGGUAGAGGACAAAGAAACUGGAGAUGGCCGCACCCUAGUCCACAGUCUGCAGGUGAACUUCAUCCACGAGCUGGUCCAGGCACGUCUGUGUGCGGAUGAUAAACCCCUACAGGACAUGUACAACUGCUUGCACUCCUUCUGUCUGUCACUGCAGCUAGAGGUGCUCCACUCUCAGACUCUGAUGCUGAUCAGAGAGCGAUGGGGAGACCUGGUGCAGGAGGAGAGAUAUAUGCCCGCAAAAUACCUCACACUCACUGUCUGGAACCAACAGGUUUUGGGGCGGAAAACAGGUACAGCCUCAGUGCAUAAAGUCACUGUCAGGAUUGACGAAUCAGAUGGAUCUAAACCAUUGCAAAUAUCUCAUGAGCCUCCUCUCCCGGCCUGCGAUCCCAAAUUAAUGGAGAGAGCAAUGAGGAUCGACCAUCUGUCGGUGGAGAAGCUUUUGAUCGACAGUGUGCAUGCACGGUCCAAUCAGAAGCUUCAGGAGCUGAAGGCCAUUCUGAAGACCAACAAUCCCAGCGACAACUCGUUCAUCGAGACUGCUUUACCCACACUCGUUAUUCCGAUACUUGGGCCCUGUGGUCGUUCGGAGUGCUUACACAUUUUUGUAGACCUGCAUUCUGGCAUGUUCCAACCCAUGCUGUAUGGAUUAGAUCAGUCCAUGCUGGAUGACAUUGAAAAGACCAUUAACGAUGAUAUGAAGCGCAUCAUAUCCUGGCUUCAACAACUGAAGUUCUGGUUAGGGGAGCAGCGCUGUCGGCAGUCCGUGAAACACCUUCCCACUGUGUGCACUGAUGUCCUUCACCUGUCCAACUCGGCUUCCCAUCCCGUCGGCAACCUGUCCAAACACAAACUCUUCAUCAAGCUCACGCGUCUUCCGCAGUACUACAUUUUGGUGGAAAUGCUCGAAGUGCCUAGCAGCCCCACAGCGUUGCAAUACAAGUACUCCUUCCUGUCCGUGUCUCAGUUGGAAGGAGACGACGGACCCAUGUGUGCACAGCUCCUGCAGCACUUCAAACCCAACCUAGAGCACCUCGUUCAGGACACAACAGGGAGAGGGGCCCGGCCUGGGACUAAGAGAAAGGCAUCUGGGUACCAGGGGGACCCAGAGCCAAAGAAGCCUAAGCGGUCUGGAGAAAUGUGUGCCUUCAACAAAGAGCUGGCUCACCUAGUAGCGAUGUGCGACACCAACAUGCCUUUCAUUGGCCUCAGAACAGAGCUGUCCAACAUGGAGAUUCCAAACCAGGGUGUCCAAGUGGAGGGGGAUGGCAGCAGUCAUGCGAUACGUCUACUGAAGAUUCCUCCCUGUAAAGGUGUAGGAGAGGAGACCAGGAGGGCUUUAGAGCGGUCCCUGCUGGACUGCACCUUCCGGCUGCAGGGCAGGAACAACCGAACCUGGGUGGCCGAACUGAUGCUGGCCAACUGCCCUCUGAACAGCACACACAGCAAGGAGCAAGCCUCCACGCGGCAUGUGUAUCUGACCUAUGAGAACCCUCUGUCGGAGCCGGUGGGCGGGCGCAAGGUGGUUGAGAUGUUCCUUAAUGACUGGAAUGCCAUCAGCCAGCUCUACCAGUGUGUCCUCAACUUCUCUCGAGCGCUGCCAGAGAUGCCAUCUUACCUGAGCCUGUUUUCAGAGGUGCGGCUGUAUAACUACCGUAAGCUGGUGCUGUGCUACGGCACCACCAAGGGCAGCUCUGUCACCAUCCAGUGGAACUCCAACAGCCAGCGUUUCCACCUGGCCUUGGGCACUGUGGGGCCCAACUCCGGCUGCUCCAACUGCCACAACAUCAUCCUCCAUCAGCUACAAGAGAUGUUCAACAAGGGUCCGAACGUGAUGCACCUGCUGCAGGUGCUCUCUGACACACAGGCCCCUCUGAAUGCAAUCAACAAGCUACCAACAGUGCCCAUGCUGGGCCUGACCCAGCGCACCAACACUGCCUACCAGUGCUUCUCCAUCUUGCCCCAGUCACCCACACACAUCCGCCUGGCGUUCAGAAACAUGUACUGCAUCGACAUCUACUGUCGCAGCCGCGGCGUGGUGGCCAUCAGAGAUGGAGCCUACAGUCUUUUUGACAACACCAAGAUCGUUGAAGGCUUCUACCCUGCUCCCGGACUCAAGACAUUCCUGAAUAUGUUUGUAGACAGUAAUCAGGAUGCUCGCAGACGCUCCGUCAAUGAAGACGAUAACCCGCCCUCGCCGGUGGGCGUCGAUGUGAUGGACAGUCUGAUGAACCAGUUGCAAGCUCAGCAGCAGCCACAACCAAUGAGAGGGGGCGCGGGAGGCGUGUACCCACCUCUCACCUCGCCGCCACCGAACUACCACGCUAACGUAACUCCCUCGCCGUCCAUGAUGCCCACCCAGUCGCCAGGGAACAUCCAUGCCUCUGGCUCCCCUAGCGGAGCUCUGAGGGCACCUUCUCCUUUCGGGCCCACCCCGUCUCCGUCUUCUCUGGGCAUAGCAAUGGGCCAGACCAGCUUUGCCAGUCCCCACGGUGCUCUGGACCCCAGCUCUCCGUAUGCCAUGGUGUCUCCCAGCCAUAGGGGCCAGUGGCCAGGCUCACCCCAGGUCUCAGGGCCUUCUCCUGGGGCUAGGAUCCAUGGCAUGUCCCCUGGCAACCCAUCGCUGCACUCGCCUAUCCCCGACCCUCAUUCUCCACGUGCCGGAUCCAGUUCACAAGUCAUGCCCACUAGUAUGCCUCCACCCCGCAAGCUACCUCAGCGCCCCUGGGCUGCCUCCAUUCCCACCAUACUCACCCACAAUGCCUUGCAUGUGCUUCUGCUCCCCUCGCCCACUCCCUGCCUGGUGCCGGGCCUGGCAGGAAGCUACCUCUGCUCGCCACUUGAGCGUUUUCUGGGGUCGGUCAUCAUGAGGCGGCACCUUCAGAGGAUCAUCCAGCAGGAGGCCAACUUGUCCAUUGUGAACUCUAAUGAGCCGGGCGUGAUAAUGUUCAAGACGGACGUGCUCAAGUGCCGUGUGGCUCUCAACCCAAAGAACUACCAGACGCUGCAGCUCAAAGUCACUCCAGAAAAUGCAGGUCCCUGGUCCCAGGAGGACCUUCAGGUGCUGGAGAAGUUCUUUGAGACACGGGUUGCUGGUCCUCCCUUCAAAUACAACACUCUGAAUGCCUUCACAAAGCUGCUGGGAGCGCCCACUAACAUCCUGAGGGACUGUGUGCGCAUCAUGAAGCUCGAACUGUUCCCUGACCAGGCGGCUCAGCUGAAGUGGAAUGUCCAGUUCUGCCUCACCAUCCCUCCCAGUGCCCCCCCCAUCGCCCCUCCUGGAACCAUCGCCGUGGUGCUCAAGUCCAAGAUGCUCUUCUUUUUGCAGCUGACCCAACGUAUCCCAGUGCCCCAGGAGCCGGUGAGCAUCAUCGUGCCCAUCGUGUACGACAUGGCCACCGGCCUCACGCAGCAGGCCGACAUCCCCAGACAGCACAGCUCCUCUGGCGCCGCAGCACUCAUGGUCUCUAAUAUCCUUAAGAGGUUUAAUGAACUGCACCCAGCCAGACAGGGUGAGUGUACGAUAUUUGCUUCUGUUCACGAGCUGAUGGCCAACCUCGCUCUACCCCCCGGCACUCGUCAGUAGAAACUACAUGCUCAGAACUCUGGAACUCAACCUGACGGGCCCAUCUCUGAGCAUAGAAGAAAGAGGAAAGUAACAACUGUGGUCCCAAGAUGUCAAAAUCUAGCCCGUGUCUCUCCGCUUCAGCCACUGGACUAUUGACCCGAUGUGGAAAUGCUGUUAUGAAAAUAAUUUAAAUAUGUACAGUUGUGGACCACAGUCUUUAUUCUUGAUAGGAGCUCACAGACAAGAUUUGCCAUUAAGGUAGAACAUGGACGAGUGGGGGAUAUAAAUGUUAUUUUUUUUCCUCCAGGUGCACUUGUAAACAAGAUUAUCUAUUGAAAUUAAGGUUGUUUACGAAAAUAUGUAUUAUAUUGUAUAUUUGAGUGUUGAACAGAAUCAGGUGAGUUAGAGUUUUUUCUAGAGAAUUGUCUUUAGUUCUUUUUUUAUAACGCCAGACUGAUAUUAUUAUAGUAUCAGGAGAUAUAUUCCUUAGCACACUAUUUAAAUGUUUUCUUUCCUUUACUUUGACAAGACCUCUGCAUUUUUAUUUCAAACUUUCACUUUGGAUACUGUAAAAACUGUGACAAACUUUAUAAGCCAGUCAUAUUUUAUUAAGACCCAUUUUGAGUCCUGAUUGGAGGAUUUGAGACUUCCUGUCUGACUUUGCUAUUUAAUAAACCAAGCCCAAAGUUGGUUUGUGCUUCAAGGA